GCCAAAUGUGCAUAUAUCAUCAUCAUCAUGGCUGUGUACUGGUGCACCGAAGUGAUCCCCCUGGCUGUCACCUCCCUCAUGCCUGUGGUAUUUUUCCCUCUGCUUGGAGUUCAGAGCUCUAAAUCAGUGUGCUUGCAGUACCUAAAUGACACAAACAUGCUCUUUGUUGGAGGGCUCAUCGUUGCAAUUUCUGUUGAACAGUGGAAUCUGCACAAAAGGAUUGCGCUGAGGGUUCUUCUGAUUCUUGGGGUGAAACCUGCACUCCUCAUGCUGGGAUUUAUGAUAGUCACUGCCUUCCUGUCCAUGUGGAUAAGUAACACAGCCACCACUGCCAUGAUGGUUCCCAUUGUCCAGGCUGUCCUGGAUCAAAUGGACAACACAGAGUAUGAUGUGACCAUGAUGGAACAAGCAACUGGGCAAACAAAUACUGUGAUUGAGCUGGAGGAAAAGGGCACAUCAGAUCCCACUGCAGUGCAUGUCACAAGCAAUGGACAAGUCCCUGAUGACCCCAGGUCUUCUGAGGAAAAUAAAAUGAAGAAACGUAUAUGCAAGGGGAUGACACUGUGUGUGUGCUAUGCUGCCAGCAUUGGAGGAACUGCAACGCUCACUGGAACAGGACCAAACAUGGUACUGAAGGGAUAGAUGAACAGGUUGUACCCCAACAAUAAUGAUGUUGUGAAUUUUGCUUCCUGGUUUGGAUUUGCAUUUCCAAACAUGAUUCUGAUGUUGGUGCUAGCUUGGCUUUGGUUACAGUGCUCCUUCAUGGGACUCAACUUUAAAAAAAGCUGGGGCUGUGGAACAGAGAGAACUGCCAAAGAAAAAGCUGCUUACAAUGUGCUGAAGGCAGAAAUGAAGAAGCUAGGCCCUAUAUCUUAUGCUGAAUUCAAUGUCCUCCUCAUGUUUGUAUUGCUGGUGCUCUUGUGGUUUUCCAGACACCCAGGCUUUGUAAAAGGUUGGGCCACCAGACUCUUCCCAGAAGGAGAAAAGUAUAUCACUGAUUCUGCUCCAGCUGUGUUUAUUGCCCUGCUAUUGUUUAUCCUUCCUGCUCAUAAGCCCAAAUUCAUAGCCUGGAAUUCAAGCAUGUCUGACCCUGAACAGACUGAAGAAGAUAUAAAAAAGCCAUUUUUAUCAGCCCCGCUGCUAGACUGGAAUGUGGUUCAGAGGAAGAUGCCCUGGAGCAUUGUGCUGCUGCUGGGAGGAGGUUUUGCUUUGGCUGAUGCAAGCGCAAACUCUGGGCUCUCAGCCUGGCUGGGUCAUCAGAUGACUCCACUGGGAUCUAUCCCACCAUGGGCCAUUGCGACAGUGCUCUCGCUUAUCAUAGCUGUCUUCACUGAGUGCACCAGCAACGUCGCCACGGCCACUCUCUUCCUGCCUGUCUUUUCAUCCAUGGCUGCAUCUGUCAAGAUCCACCCUUUGUAUGUUAUGCUGCCUGGUACUCUCAGUGCUUCCUUUGCCUUCAUGCUCCCUGUUGCAACACCACCAAACGCAAUCGUGUUUUCCUACGGACACAUCCGUGUUUUGGAUAUGGUUAGAUCUGGAAUAGUGAUGAACAUCAUUGGAGUCCUCUGUGUCACACUGGCCAUCAACACAUGGGGAAGACCUAUGUUUGACCUGGACACAUUCCCAACCUGGGCAAACAGUACAACGCAUCAGUGAGCAGUG